AUGGCUUCCCGUCUUCUUGUCUCUGGCCUCCCCCGGUCCCUCCCUCCCCUUCCUCCGGGGCCUGCCCCCACCUGCGUUCCCUGCGUCGAGGGGCGGCAGCGCGCUGCUCCUCACUCCUCCGAGUUUCCUCCGACAGAGGCUCCGCUGCAGACGCUUCACAUGGACGUGUGGGGCCCAGCCCGCGUCCGUGGGCAGGGUCACGAGCGUUACUUCCUGUUGGUGGUUGACGACUACUCGCGUUACACCACAGUCUUCCCCUUGCGCAGCAAGGGUGACGUCACUGAGGUGUUGAUCGCCUGGAUCCGCGCAGCUCGUCUCCAGCUCAGGGAGAGUUUCGGCUCGGACUUUCCUGUUCUGCGUCUGCACUCCGACAGAGGCAGAGAAUUCUCCUCUGACCUUCUGCGGGCCUUCUGUCGUGCACGAGGCAUCCGCCAGACCUUCACGCUUCCGGACUCUCCACAGCAAAAUGGGAUUGCUGAGCGCCGCAUUGGCAUGAUCAUGGACGUCGCUCGUACGUCCAUGAUCCAUGCAGCUGCCCCCCAUUUUCUGUGGCCGUUUGCGGUUCGGUACGCGGCGCAUCAGAUCAACCUUCACCCCCGGGUCUCCAUGCCGGAGACCUCCCCUGCUUUACUGUGGACGGGGAAGGUUGGCGAUGCGUCUGCGUUUCGUGUCUGGGGAUCUCGGGCGUUUGUCCGCGACUUGUCUGCGGACAAGCUGUCCUCUCGUGCUGUUCCCUGCGUCUUCCUUGGCUUCCCUCCUGAAGCGCGAGGCUGGCAGUUCUACCACCCCACCUCGCGCCGUGUUCUGUCCUCCCAGGACGUCACCUUUGACGAGUCGGUUCCCUACUACCGUCUCUUCCCCUACCGCACUGCGUCCCUCCCUCCCCCGCCGCUCUUCCUUACGCCAGGUCCCCCUCCGGUAGACCCCCUCCCCCCUCAGGGUCCUGCCCCCUCAGGUGUGUCCCAGGUAGAUGCGGUCGAGCCUGUCGAGGUAGCUGUUGACUCUGGUGCUGCUGGGGGUGCUGAGCCUGGGGGUGCUGGGUCUGGGGGUGCUGCGACUGGGGGUGCUGAGCUUGGGGGUGCUGAGCCUGGGGGUGCUGAGCCUGGAGGUGCUGAGCCUGGGGGUGUUACGCCUGGGGGUGCUGAGCCUGGGGGUGCUGCGUCUCGGAGUGCGGAGCCUGAGGGUGCUGGGCCUGCUCGUGUGGCGUCUGGUGGUGCUGGGCCUGGAGGUUCUUCGGGUGCUUCGUCCCGGCGGGAGCUACUCUCUCCACAGGAGCUGCGUGAGUGGUUUGCCCGGCGCUGGAGGCGUGCUGCUGGAGCUGGCAGUAUUACGGACGCUGGAGGUUCUGCUGCUGCUGAGGGUGCUGGUGCAGCGGGUCCCGGAGGUGCUCGUACAGGGUGUACUGGAGCUGCUGGGCCUACGGGUGCUCCUGGUGCUGGAGCUGGUGGUGCUACUGGUGCUACUGGCGUUGGUGCUGCUGGUGCUCCUGGAGCUGGAGCUGCUGCGUCUUCUGGUGGUCCGACUGGAGCUGGAGCUACUGGGGGUGUUGGCACUGGAGGUGCUACUGGCGCUGGUGCUUGUGAUGGUGCUGGAGUUGGCGCUGCUGGAGCUGGGGGUACUCCUGGUGCUGGUGCUGCCGUUGGGGGUGCUGGUGCUGUUCCUGCUGGUACUGGUGGCGCUGCGCGGCCACGGCCGUACUUCUCUGAGUCACAGUUACAGCCAGCCUCCCCGCUUCCUUCUCCUUCUCCCUACACUGGUCCUACUGGAGGUCUUGCUGAGCGUCGUGAGCCUGCGUCUCGCCCUGCGUCGCCUGUCCGUGCUGCUCGCACUAGUGGUCGUGGUUCGCGUCAGCGUCCUCCUCCUGUCCCCGGCACGCACCGGAUGUCUCUGCGUCCUUCCACUGCUCCACUGCGUGCCCCUUUGCCUUCUCCUCCCGAGUCCUCUCUUCCUGCACUUGCUGACCCGGAGUCGGACUCCCUUCGUGCUGCGCGUCCUACUGUCACGCGUCUCCUUGCUACUGUCGUCACUGACCCUUCCUUUGAGUCUACUGCUGCGUCUGCCCUAGUUGCUGAGCUUGUCGACUUCGCUGCUCGCUGUCGCCUAGACUACGCUGCCAGUCUCGUCGCUGAGUCUGAGUCUGUCUGUCCUCCGUCCGUCGGGGGUGAGUGUGCUCUUGGCACGGACGUCCUUGAGGACAGGCAGGAGGAGUUCCAGUGCUUGGCUGCUGCUUCACCUCAUCUCGUGUCCAUGCUGCUUGCCCCUGAGGGAGACCCGGAUGCACUUGACAUCCCGACUCCGCGCUCUUACGCGGAGGCGAUAGAAGCGGGUCCUUACUCCUCUCAGUGGCAGGCAGCCAUGGACGCAGAGAUGGCUUCUUGGAAGUCCACAGGCACCUACGUUGACGAGGUUCCCCCGCCUGGGGCGAACAUCGUCAGUGGCAUGUGGAUUUUCAGGGUGAAGCGGCCGCCGAGUUCUCCGCCUGUCUUCAAGGCGCGUUACGUGGCUCGUGGCUUCAGUCAGCGGCAGGGAGUUGACUACUUUCAGACCUUCUCUCCCACCCCGAAGAUGACCACUCUUCGGGUACUGCUGCACAUAGCCGCUCACCGAGACUACGAGCUGCACUCUCUUGACUUCAACACUGCUUUCUUGCAGGGCAGCCUGCACGAGGAGAUCUGGCUGCGCCGCCCACCUGGCUUCACUGGGACUUUUCCUCCUGGCACCCAGUGGAGCCUCCGGCGGCCAGUCUACGGUCUCCGCCAGGCGCCUCGUGAGUGGCACGACACACCGAGGACUACACUUGCGGCUCUUGGGUUUGCUCCUUCUACUGCCGACCCGUCGCUGUUUCUGCGCACCGACUCUUCCUUGCCGCCGUUCUACAUCCUCGUGUACGUCGAAGACUUGGUCUUUGCUACAGCUGACACUGCUGGACUUGCCUACGUGAAGUCCGAGCUGCAGAAGAGACACACGUGCACAGACCUGGGUGAACUGCGCAGCUACCUUGGCUUGCAGAUCACCCGGGACAGAGCACAACGCACCAUUACCCUGACUCAGUCACACAUGGUGCAGCAGGUCCUUCAGCGCUUCAGCUUCACGUACUCCUCGCCUCAGGCCACUCCUCUGCCUACACGCCACUCGCUCUCAGCUCUGCCUUCGGAUGAGUCCGUAGAGUCGAGUGGCCCGUACCCAGAGCUUGUUGGCUGCCUCAUGUACCUGAUGACCUGCACUCGACCUGACCUUGCAUACCCUCUUAGCAUUCUGGCACGCUAUGUUGCUCCUGGGAGACACAGACCAGAGCACAUGGCUGCAGCGAAGAGGGUGUUGCGCUACUUGUGCAGUACGUCGGGCAUGGGGCUUGUGCUUGGAGGGCAGAGUCCAGUGGUCCUCACUGGUCACGCAGACGCUUCUUGGGCUGACGACCAGGCUACGCAGCGAUCGUCACAGGGUUACACCUUCAGCCUUGGUUUCAGCUCAGUUUCGUGGCGUUCUACACGCUCGUCUUCAGUUCUUGGCUCCAGUUGUGAGGCUGAGAUCUACGCAGGGGCCAUGGCUGCACAGGAGCUACGCUGGCUCACCUACCUGCUGACUGACCUGGGAGAGCCGCCUCGUUCUCCUCCAGUGCUGUACGUAGACAACAAGGCCAUGCUGGCCUUGUGUCAGGAGCACAGAAUGGAGCACAGAACGAAGCACAUCGCUCUUCGCUACUUCCUUGCUCGUGAGCUGCAGCAGCAUCUUGCUUACGUGGCCUCUCAGGCCAACACUGCUGAUAUCUUCACUAAGGCACUCGCGCCUUGUGAUCAUCAGCGCUUCUGUACUCUGUUAGGUCUUGUGCCUACCUUGCCUCACUUGCUCACUUCUUGA